AUGGGUGUCGGCCUCGGGGAGCCCGCGCGGCUCUGGGCCCUGGCCCUCGCCCUCGCCCUGGCCUGCGCCCAGCACACAGGCGGGGCCCAGUUCAGCUCUGCACCCAGCUCGGAGCACCCGCACCCCCCUCCUGCCCCCCAGGGGCCCGGCGGCGACGCCCUGCGCGGGGUGACCAUCCUCCCGCCUCUGAGGACCGCCCCCGUGGUGCGCGCCCUGAACCCGGCGCACAACGGGCGGGUCUGCAGCACGUGGGGCGACUUCCACUACAAGACCUUCGACGGCGACGUGUUCCGCUUCCCCGGCCGCUGCAACUACGUCUUCUCGGCGCACUGCGGGGCCGCCUACGAGGACUUCAACGUCCAGCUACGCCGCAGCCCCGACGCCCCCGCCGGCGCCCCGCUCAGCGUCACCAUGAAGCUCCGCGGCCUGGUCCUGCAGCUGAGCCCUGGCUCCGUCCUGGUCAACGGCCGCCCGACCCAGCUGCCCUUCAGCCAGUCGGGGGUGCUGGUGGAGCACAGCGCCAGCUACCUGAAGGUGGUGGCCCGGCUGGGCCUGGUCUUCAUGUGGAACCAGGACGGCAGCCUCCUGCUCGAGCUGGACACCAAGUACGCCAACCAGACCUGCGGGCUCUGCGGGGACUUCAACGGCGUCCCCGCCUUCGACGAGUUCUUCUCCCACGGCACCAAGCUGAGCGCCGUGGAGUUUGGGAACCUGCAGAAGCUGGACGGCCCCACGGAGCAGUGCCAGGACCCCGCCCCUGAGCCCCCGGGGAACUGCUCCAUCAGUUCGGGCCUCUGCGAGGAGCUGCUGCUGGGCGAGCGGUUCCUGGGCUGCAACGCCCUGGUGGACGCCGGCAGCUACGUGCGCGCCUGCUGGCAGGACCUGUGCCUGUGCGAGCACGCCGACCUGGCCAGCUGCGCCUGCCCCACGCUGGCCGAGUACUCCCGCCAGUGCGCCCACGCCGGCGGGCGGCCCCUGGACUGGCGGGGCCCCGGCCUCUGCCCCCAGACCUGCCCCCACAACAUGCAGUACCGGGAGUGCGGCUCGCCCUGCACCGACACCUGCUCCAACCUGGAGCACUCCCAGCUCUGCGAGGACCACUGCGUGGCUGGCUGCUUCUGCCCCGAGGGGACGGUGCUCGAUGACAUCGGCCAGACCGGCUGCAUCCCUGUGUCCCAGUGUCCCUGUGUGCACAACGGGGCCACCUACGCCCCGGGAGCCACCUACUCCACAGACUGCACCAACUGCACCUGCUCCGGGGGCCGGUGGAGCUGCCGGGAGCUUCCGUGCCCCGGCACUUGCGCGGUGCUGGGAGGUGCCCACUUCUCCACCUUCGACGAGAGGCCAUACACGGUGCACGGGGACUGCAGCUACGUGCUGGCCAAGCCCUGCAACAGCAGCGCCUUCACCGUGCUGGCCGAGCUGCGCAGGUGCGGCCUGACGGACAGCGAGACCUGCCUGCGGAGCCUGACGCUGAGCCUGGACGGGGGGCAGACGGUCGUGGAGGUCAAGGCCAGCGGGGAGGUGCUAGUGAACCAGCUCGUCACCCAGCUGCCCAUCUCGGCAGCCGCCGUCACGCUCUUCAGACCGUCCACCUUCUUCAUCGUGGCGCAGACGCACCUGGGGCUGCAGGUGGAGGUGCAGCUGGUGCCCACCAUGCAGGUGUUCCUGAGGGCGGCGCCCGCGCUCCGCGGCCAGACCUGCGGCCUCUGCGGGAACUUCAACCAGAACCAGGCGGACGACUUCCGCGCCCUGAGCGGCGUGGUGGAGGGCACGGCCGCCGCCUUCGCCAACACCUGGAAGACCCAGGCCGCCUGCCCCAACGUCAGGAACAGCUUGGAGGACCCCUGCGCCCUGAGCGUGGAGAACGAGAAGUACGCUCAGCAUUGGUGCUCGCUGCUGACCGACCCGCAGGGCCCCUUCGCUCCGUGCCACGCCGCCGUGAGCCCCGGCCCCCACUACUCGAACUGCCUGUUCGACACGUGCAACUGCGAGAAGAGCGAGGACUGCCUGUGCGCCGCGCUGUCCGCCUACGUCCGCGCCUGCGCCGCGCGGGGCGUGCUGCUGGGCGGCUGGAGGGCCGGCGUCUGCGCAGCGCCCGUGGACACCUGCCCGCCGUCCAUGACCUACCGCUACCACGUCAGCACCUGCCAGCCCACCUGCCGCGCCCUGAGCCGCGAGGACCCCACCUGCGCCAUCAGCUUCGUGCCCGUGGACGGCUGCACCUGCCCCGACGGCACCUUCCUGGACGACGCGGGCAAGUGUGUGCCGGCCGCCAGCUGUCCCUGCUACCACGGGGACGCGGUGAUCCCCAACGGGGAGUCUCUGCACGAGCAGGGGGCUGUCUGCACCUGCACGCAGGGCACACUGACCUGCAUCGGAGGCAACACCCCCGACCCAGUCUGUGCCCCCCCCAUGGUGUACGUGGACUGCCGCAACGCCACGCCGGGGGCCGCGGGCGCCGGCUGCCAGAAGAGCUGCCACACCCUGGACAUGGACUGUUACAGCCCCCAGUGCGUGCCCGGCUGCGUGUGCCCCGCGGGGCUGGUGGCUGACGGCGAGGGCGGCUGCGUGGCGCCGGACGCCUGCCCCUGCAUGCACAACGAGGCCAGCUACCCCGCCGGCCAGACCAUCCGCGUGGGCUGCAACACCUGCACCUGCAAGAGCUGGAAGUGGCAGUGCACGGACCAGCCCUGCCUGGGCACCUGCGCCGUGUACGGCGACGGCCACUACCUCACCUUCGACGGGCAGCGCUACAGCUUUGACGGGGCCUGCGAGUACACGCUGCUGCAGGACCACUGUGGCGGGAACGGCAGCGCCCAGGAUGCCUUCCGCGUGGUCACGGAGAACGUCCCCUGCGGCACCACGGGCACCACCUGCUCCAAGGCCAUCAAGAUCUUCCUGGGGAGCUACGAGCUGAAGCUGAGCGAGGGGCAAGUGGAGGUGAUCGAGAAGGGCCCGGGGCAGGAGGCGCCCUACUCCAUCCGCCAGGUGGGCAUCUACCUGGUGGUGGACACCGAGGCCGGCCUGGUGCUGCUGUGGGACAAGAAGACCAGCAUCUUCCUCAGACUCAGCCCCGAGUUCAAGGGGCGGGUCUGCGGGCUGUGCGGGAACUUCGACGACAACGCCGUCAACGACUUCACCACGCGCAGCCAGUCCGUGGUGGGCGACGCUCUGGAGUUCGGCAACAGCUGGAAAUUCUCCCCCACCUGCCCCGACGCCCCGGCCCCCCGGGACCCCUGCACCGCCAACCCCUACCGCAAGUCCUGGGCGCAGCGGCAGUGCAGCCUCAUCAACAGCGCCACCUUCCAGGCCUGCCACGCCCACGUGGAGCCAGCCCCGUACUACGAGGCCUGCGUGAGCGACGCGUGCGCCUGUGACUCGGGGGGCGACUGCGAGUGUUUCUGCACCGCCGUGGCCGCCUACGCCCAGGCCUGCCACGACGCGGGCGUGUGCGUGGCCUGGCGCACCCCGGACAUCUGCCCCCUGUUCUGCGACUACUACAACCCCGAGGGCCAGUGCGAGUGGCACUACCAGCCCUGUGGGGCGCCCUGCCUGCGGACCUGCCGGAACCCCCGUGGCCAGUGCCUGCACGACACGCACAGCCUGGAAGGCUGCUACCCCAAAUGCCCGCCGGAGGCUCCCAUCUUUGACGAGGACGCCAUGCAGUGUGUGGCCACGUGCCCGACCCCGCCCCCACCGCCACCCUGCCAAGUCCAGGGCAAGUCGUACCGGCCAGGUGCGGUCGUGCCCUCGGACGAGAACUGCCACUCCUGCGUUUGCACAGAGAAUGGCGUGCGGUGCGCCUACGAUGCCAAGGCCUGUGUCUGCAGCUAUGACGGGCGGCGCUUCCGCCCGGGAGACGUCAUCUACCACACGACGGAUGGCACCGGCGGCUGCAUCUCCGCCCGCUGUGGGCCCAAUGGCACCAUCGAGCGGACCGUCCACGCCUGCAGCUCCAGCUCCCCCGCCCCCCCCACCACCUUCUCCUUCUCCUCCUCUACGCCCCCCAGCGCCGUGAGCUCCACAGGCCCGCCCGGCCCGCGCCCCAGCCCUGCCACCAGCCCGGCCCCCGCCAGCACCCCCAGGCCGCGGCCUUCAACGGCCUCCGUCGCCUCCAGCCCCGCCUGUGGGGAGGACUGCCAGUGGUCAGCAUGGCUGGACGUCAGCCGCCCGGGACGCGGCCUCGACAGCGGUGACUUCGACACGCUGGACAACCUCCGUGCCCACGGGUACCGGGUCUGCCAGGCCCCGAGGGCGGUGGAGUGCCAGGCCGAGCACGCCCCCGACGUGCCGUUCCAGGUCCUGGGGCAGCAUGUGCAGUGCAGCCCGACCGCAGGGCUGACCUGUUACAACAGGGACCAGGUCUCAGGGCUCUGCUUCAACUACCAGAUCAGGGUCCUGUGCUGCUCCCCCCGGGCCUGCCCCACCUCCCGGGGCCCUGCCACCUACAGCACCACCACUCCUGCCCCAGCCACCACCACAUCUGUCCCAGCCACCACCACAUCUGUCCCAGCCACCACCACUCGCACCUCUACCCCUGCCCCAGCCACCACCACACCUGCCCCAGUCACCACCUCACCUGUGAAAACAACUGGCUCAGCUCCCAGCCCAAUGCCAGUUUCAACCACUGCUUCCACCACAGCCUCCGUGGCGACCUCAGCCCCAGGGCCCUCCGAAGUCCCGGGUGUGCCCACCACCUCUCAGCCCAGCAUCAUCUCCUGCCUGCAGAAGUACUGCAGCUGGACCAAGUGGCUGGACGGCAGCUACCCCGAGGCUGGGAUCAACAGUGGAGAUUUUGACACGUUCCAGAAUUUGCGAUCCAAAGGGUAUGCGUUCUGCGAGCGGCCCAGCCAGGUGCAGUGCAGGGCUGAGCGCUUCCCGGACACCCCGCUGGCGGAGCUGGGGCAGACCGUGGUCUGCAGCGACAGCGUGGGCCUGCUGUGCCUCAACAAGGACCAGCUGCCCCCCAUCUGCUACAACUACCAAAUCCGGAUCCAGUGCUGCGAGUGGGUGGACGUGUGCACAGAGAGGACCACCCCACCGGGGACAUCGAGGGCCAUGCGCUCGACCCCACAGGACACAGCCAAAACCCAGCCCCCCUGGACCUCCACACAGCGCUGGACGGCCAGCUCGAUCCAUGUGCCCCCGGCCACCAAAACCAUACUCAGCACACACACAGUCAUACCACCUGGGACCACCCCCUGCCAGCCACAGUGCACGUGGACCAAAUGGUUCGACGUGGACUUCCCGUAUCCGGGGCCCCACGGAGGAGACCUGGAAACCUACAGCAACAUCAUCCACAGUGGACAGAAGAUCUGCCGCCGGCCCGAGUACAUCACCCACCUGGAGUGCCGAGCCGAGAGCCACCCCGAGGUCAGCAUCGACCGGCUGGGCCAGGUGGUGCAGUGCAGCCCCGACGUGGGCCUGGUGUGCCACAACCGAGACCAGACGGGCAGGUUCAAGAUGUGCCUCAACUACGAGGUCCGCGUGCUGUGCUGUGAGCCCCAACCAGGCUGCCCUACCUUCGAACCAAUCACCACACCCAGCACCCUAACUGUGAGCAUCACCAGUCCUACUGAGACAACCUCCCACAUGGCCACUUCCAGGACAACUUCUGUGCCAGAAACCAGCACCACCCCCGUGCCAGAAACCAGCACCACCUCAGCUCCCAUAACCACCACAACCCCUGUGCCUGCACCUCAGACGACCCACCCCACAUCGGGGACCACCCGCUGCCAGCCACAGUGCACGUGGACCAAGUGGUUCGACGUGGACUUCCCGUCCCCCGGGCCCCACGGAGGAGACCUGGAAACCUACAGCAACAUCAUCCACAGUGGACAGAAGAUCUGCCGCCGGCCCGAGUACAUCACCCACCUGGAGUGCCGAGCCGAGAGUCACCCCGAGGUCAGCAUCGACCGGCUGGGCCAGGUGGUGCAGUGCAGCCCCGACGUGGGCCUGGUGUGCCACAACCGAGACCAGACGGGCAGGUUCAAGAUGUGCCUCAACUACGAGGUCCGCGUGCUGUGCUGUGAGCCCCAACCAGGCUGCCCUACCUUCGAACCAAUCACCACACCCAGCACCCCAACUGUGAGCAUCACCAGUCCUACUGAGACAACCUCCCACAUGGCCACUUCCAGGACAACUUCUGUGCCGGAAACCAGCACCACCCCCGUGCCGGAAACCAGCACCACCCCCGUACCAGAAACCAGCACCACCUCUGUGCCAAAAACCAGCACCCCUGUGCGGGAAACCAGCACCACCUCUGUGCCAGAAACCAGUACCCCUGUGCCGGAAACCAGCACCACCUCAGCUCCCAUAACCACCACAACCCCUGUGCCUGCACCUCAGACGACCCACCCCACAUCGGGGACCACCAGCUGCCAGCCACAGUGCACGUGGACCAAGUGGUUCGACGUGGACUUCCCGUCCCCCGGGCCCCACGGAGGAGACCUGGAAACCUACAGCAACAUCAUCCACAGUGGACAGAAGAUCUGCCGCCGGCCCGAGUACAUCACCCACCUGGAGUGCCGAGCCGAGAGUCACCCCGAGGUCAGCAUCGACCGGCUGGGCCAGGUGGUGCAGUGCAGCCCCGACGUGGGCCUGGUGUGCCACAACCGAGACCAGACGGGCAGGUUCAAGAUGUGCCUCAACUACGAGGUCCGCGUGCUGUGCUGUGAGCCCCAACCAGGCUGCCCUACCUUCGAACCAAUCACCACACCCAGCACCCCAACUGUGAGCAUCACCAGUCCUACUGAGACAACCUCCCACAUGGCCACUUCCAGGACAACUUCUGUGCCGGAAACCAGCACCACUUCUGUGCCGGAAACCAGCACCACCCCCGGGCCAGAAACCAGCACCACCCCCGUACCAGAAACCAGCACCACCUCUGUGCCAAAAACCAGCACCCCUGUGCGGGAAACCAGCACCACCUCUGUGCCAGAAACCAGUACCCCUGUGCCGGAAACCAGCACCACCUCAGCUCCCAUAACCACCACAACCCCUGUGCCUGCACCUCAGACGACCCACCCCACAUCGGGGACCACCCGCUGCCAGCCACAGUGCACAUGGACCAAGUGGUUCGACGUGGACUUCCCGUCCCCGGGGCCCCACGGAGGAGACCUGGAAACCUACAGCAACAUCAUCCACAGUGGACAGAAGAUCUGCCGCCGGCCCGAGUACAUCACCCACCUGGAGUGCCGAGCCGAGAGUCACCCCGAGGUCAGCAUCGACCGGCUGGGCCAGGUGGUGCAGUGCAGCCCCGACGUGGGCCUGGUGUGCCACAACCGAGACCAGACGGGCAGGUUCAAGAUGUGCCUCAACUACGAGGUCCGCGUGCUGUGCUGUGAGCCCCAACCAGGCUGCCCUACCUUCGAACCAAUCACCACACCCAGCACCCCAACUGUGAGCAUCACCAGUCCUACUGAGACAACCUCCCACAUGGCCACUUCCAGGACAACUUCUGUGCCGGAAACCAGCACCACAUCUGUGCCGGAAACCAGCACCACCCCAGUGCCAGAAACCAGCACCACCCCCGUACCAGAAACCAGCACCACCUCUGUGCCAAAAACCAGCACCCCUGUGCGGGAAACCAGCACCACCUCUGUGCCAGAAACCAGUACCCCUGUGCCGGAAACCAGCACCACCUCAGCUCCCAUAACCACCACAACCCCUGUGCCUGCACCUCAGACGACCCACCCCACAUCGGGGACCACCCGCUGCCAGCCACAGUGCACAUGGACCAAGUGGUUCGACGUGGACUUCCCGUCCCCGGGGCCCCACGGAGGAGACCUGGAAACCUACAGCAACAUCAUCCACAGUGGACAGAAGAUCUGCCGCCGGCCCGAGUACAUCACCCACCUGGAGUGCCGAGCCGAGAGUCACCCCGAGGUCAGCAUCGACCGGCUGGGCCAGGUGGUGCAGUGCAGCCCCGACGUGGGCCUGGUGUGCCACAACCGAGACCAGACGGGCAGGUUCAAGAUGUGUCUCAACUACGAGGUCCGCGUGCUGUGCUGUGAGCCCCAACCAGGCUGCCCUCUGACUUCCGUGACCCCUUAUGUGACUUCUACCAAGUCCCUGCCCACCACAGAGCCCUCCUCCAUGGUUCCUACGGUGACCGCCCUCAGCUCGGCAGCACCGUCAGUCCAGACGUGCUACUGCAGCGUGUCCAACAAGCUCUACCCCGCAGGGUCCAUCAUAUACCAGGAGGCAGACCUCGCCGGCCACUGCUACUAUUCCGUGUGCAGCCUGGACUGCCAUGUGGUGCGGCAGAUGGACCACGCCUGUCCCACCAGCAUGCCACCUACCGCCCCGGCGACCCUCCCACCUGGCUCUUCCACUUCGGCCCCUGUGACUGUCACUACGCAAGGCUGUCCCAAUGCUGUCCCCCCAAGAACGAAAGGACAGACCUGGCCCAUGCCUAACUGCUCCCAGGCCACCUGUGAGGGCAACAACGUCAUCACCCUGGGGCCGCGUCCGUGCCCGCAUGUGCCCGAGCCGACCUGCGCCAACGGCUACCCUGCCCUGAAGGUGCCCGACCAGGAUGGCUGCUGCCUGCACUACCAAUGCCAGUGUGUGUGCAGCGGCUGGGGCGACCCCCACUACAUCACCUUUGACGGCACCUACUACACGUUCCUGGACAACUGCACCUACGUGCUGGUGCAGCAGAUCGUGCCCGUGUACGGCCACUUCCGCGUGCUCAUCGACAACUACUUCUGCGACUCCGAGGACGGGCUGUCCUGCCCGCAGUCCAUCAUCGUGGAGUAUGGGCAGGAGCGCGUCGUGCUCACCCGCAAGCCGGUCCGCGGGGUGAUGACCAAUGAGAUCAUCUUCAACAACAAGGUGGUCAGCCCGGGCUUCCGGAAAGGCGGCAUCGUCAUCUCCCAAGUCGGCAUCAGGAUGUACGUGAGCAUCCCCGAGAUCGGCGUCCAGGUCAUGUUCACGGGCCUCAUCUUCUCGGUGGAGGUGCCCUUCAGCAAGUUCGCCAACAACACGGAGGGGCAGUGCGGCACCUGCACCAAUGACCCCAAGGACGAGUGCCGCCUCCCUGGCGGGGCGGUGGUGACCUCCUGCUCGGACAUGUCCGGGUACUGGAAGGUGACAAACCCCGACCAGCCGUCCUGCCACGGGCCUCCCCAGACACGCCCUAAGGUGCGGCCCACGACCUCGCCUGCCCCGUGCCCGCCCUCGCCAAUCUGCGAGCUGAUUCUGAGCGACGUCUUCCAGCCGUGCCACGCCGUGAUCCCCCCGAGGCCUUACUACCAGGGCUGUGCUUUCGACCACUGCCACAUGACCAACGCCGACGUGGUGUGCUCCGGCCUGGAGCUGUACGCCGCGCUCUGCGCCUCCCACGGCGUGUGCAUCGACUGGCGCGGCCGGACCAACCACACCUGCCCCUUCACCUGCCCCGCCGACAAGGUGUACCAGCCCUGCGGCCCCUCCAACCCAUCCUACUGCUACGGGGGCGACAGCGCCAGCCUCGUGGCCCUUCAGAACGCCGGCCCCGUCACGGAAGGCUGCUUCUGUCCGGAGGGCAUGACGCUUUUCAGCGCGAGCAAGGAAGUCUGCGUGCCCACGGGCUGCCCUCGCUGCCUGGGGCCCCACGGGGAGCCUGUGGAGCCUGGCCACACAAUCAGCUCCGACUGCCAGGAGUGUACUUGCGAGGCCGGCACAUGGACCAUGAGCUGCCGGAGACAGCCCUGCGCGCCGCCCCCCGCCUGCCCCAAGCCUGGACUUGUGCCCGUGCCUGUGUCCCCUCAGGCCGGCCAGUGCUGUCCCCAAUACACCUGCGCCUGCAACACCAGCUACUGCCCGGCGCUCCCGGCCUGUCCCGAGGGCACACGCCAGAUCCUGACCCACGAGGAGGGGGCCUGCUGCCCCAGCCAGAAAUGCGCCUGGACGGCCUGCAGUGUGAACGGCACCUUGUACCAGCCCGGCGCCGUGGUCUCCUCCAGCCUGUGCGAGACCUGCAGGUGCGAGGUGCCCGGCGGGCCCCCGGCGGACACGUUCAGGAUCAGCUGUGAGACCCAGACCUGCCACAGCCACUGCCCAGCGGGCUCCGAGUACCGGGUGCAGAGCGGGCAGUGCUGCGGGUCGUGUGUGCCAGUGGCCUGCGUCAUGAACACCAGCGACGGCUCCGCCCGCCUCUUCUCCCCCGGAGAGACCUGGUCGGAGCCUGGCGACCGCUGUGUGACCCAUGAGUGUGAGCAGCACCAGGACGGGCUCGUGGUGGUGACCACGAAGAAGGCGUGCCCCCCGCUCAGCUGCCCGGCGGACCAGGCUCAGUUGAGCAAGGACGGCUGCUGCCUCUCCUGUCCGCCACCCAAGCCCCAGAACCAGUCUACCUGCACCGUCCAGCACAAGCACCAGGUCAUCCGGCUGCAGGGCUGCAGCUCCGCGGGCCCCGUGCGCCUCGCCUACUGCCAGGGCAACUGCGGGGACACCGCCUCCAUGUACUCCCUGGAGGCCCAGGCGCUGGAGCACAGCUGCCGCUGCUGCCAGGAGCUGCGGGCCUCGCCCAGGAACGUGACUCUGCGCUGCGCGGACGGAUCGCGCCGCGCCUUCAGCUACACGCAGGUGGAGGAGUGCGGCUGCGUGGGCCAGCGCUGCGACGCCCGCGGGGACCUGCAGAGGCAGGACCCUGAGCUCGGGCGCUGGAGCCGAGGGACCCGGGCCCUGCCCCUGGCUGAGGGGCGCCUCCCUCCCCACUGA